AACUGCCGGGGGAACCCCAACUGCCUGGUGGGGAUCGGGGAGCACGUCUGGCUGGGCGAGAUAGAUGAGAACAGCUUCCACAACAUUGACGACCCCAACUGCGAGCGCCGCAAGAAGAACGCGUUCGUGGGCUUAACGAAUCUGGGCGCCACGUGCUACGUCAACACCUUCUUGCAGAUGUGGUUUCUGAACCUGGAGCUCCGGCAGGCCCUCUACUUGUGUCCCAGCACCUGCGGCGAGUCCGUGGCUGGAGAGGGCAUCCCGGGAGACAGAGACUACGAGCCUCGGACCAUUUGCGAGCACCUGCAGUACUUGUUCGCGUUGCUGCAGAACAGCAAAAGGCGGUACAUCGACCCCUCCGGCUUCGUCAAGGCGCUGGGCUUGGACACGGGACAGCAGCAGGAUGCCCAGGAGUUUUCAAAGCUGUUCAUGUCGCUGCUGGAAGAUACUUUAUCCAAACAAAAAAACCCUGAUGUUCGGGACAUAGUGCAAAAGCAGUUUUGCGGAGAGUACGCCUAUGUCACGGUCUGCAACCAGUGUGGCAGGGAGUCCAAACUCGUGUCUAAAUUUUAUGAGCUGGAGUUAAACAUCCAAGGGCACAAGCAGUUGACGGACUGUAUAACGGAAUUCCUUAAGGAAGAAAAAUUAGAAGGGGACAAUCGUUAUUUUUGCGAAACUUGUCAGAGCAAGCAGAACGCCACGAGGAAGAUCAGGCUGCUGAGCCUUCCCUGCACGCUCAACCUGCAGCUGAUGCGUUUCGUGUUUGACCGGCAAACUGGCCACAAGAAGAAGCUGAACACCUACAUCGGCUUCUCCGAGCUGCUGAACAUGGAGCCUUUUAUGGAACAAAAAGACGGCGUCUACGUCUACGAGCUUAGUGCCGUCCUCAUACACCGCGGCGUGAGCGCCUACUCCGGCCACUACAUCGCCCACGUGAAGGAUCCGCAGACGGGCGAGUGGUACAAGUUUAACGACGAAGACAUAGAAAAGAUGGAGGGGAAGAAACUGCAGUUGGGGAUUGAGGAGGAUCUAGCGGAACCUUCUAAAUCCCAGACUCGUAAGCCCAAGUGCGGGAAAGGGACCCACUGCUCGCGCAACGCUUACAUGCUGGUGUACAGGCUGCAGACCCGGGAGAAAUCCCUGACUGUUGAAGUACCAGCUUUUCUGCAGGAGCUGGUAGAGCGCGAUAACUCCAAGUUCGAGGAGUGGUGCAACGAAAUGGCCGAGAUGCGCAAGCAGAGCGUGGCCAGAGGCAAAAUCAAACACGAAGAGGUGAAGGAGCUCUACAAAAGGUUACCUGCUGAAGCUGGUCUGUAA